AACUCGCUCGGAGCCAUUCACUGCCAGAGAUUCAAGACCGUUCUGGGCCUUCCAGGAUAUAUCCAGGCCUGUCGAGCUCUGAUGAUAAUCGCUCUCAUUCUGGGUCUGCUGGCUGUCAUCAUGGCUGCGAUGGGACUCAAGUGCACUAAACUGGGCAGCACGUCUGAGGAGUCGAAGGGCAAGAUCAGCCUCACAGCCGGAGUCAUGUUCAUGCUGUCAGGUCUGUGUGUUAUGGUAGCCGUGUCGUGGUACGCCGCUCGAGUCGUUCAGGAGUUU